UUUACAACAUUCAAAAUGAAAUUGUUCGUGGCUUUGCUUAUUCUGCCUUUUGCAUGUGCAAACAGUUUAGAUGACUGGUCUCCUUACGGAUACAUUUCAAAAUACGCGAUCCCAUUUGCAGAGAAACUUCAAAAGGCUGAAGAUGCUGCCGUAAACAACCUCUCUGGAAGGAUUGUAGGAGGUGAAGCUGCUCAGCUUGGAGACCAUCCCUAUCAAGCUGGCAUGAUUUCGGAUAUUGUCAAUAUGACGGGACGUGGCGUUUGCGGAGGUUCACUGCUUUCUGCCAACAAAGUACUAACGGCUGCCCACUGUUGGUACGAUGGUCGCAACCAAGGCUGGAGGUUCACGGUCGUUCUUGGUUCCGUAUACCUUUUCCAUGGAGGAGCGAGGAUCCAGACUUCAGAUGUGCAAACGCACCCAUUGUGGUUCCCAUUGCUGGCCCGCAAUGACGUUGCUAUGGUUACUCUUCCAGAAAACAUUGCCUUUACAGAUAAUAUUAGCCCUGUGUCUCUACCAAAUAUUCUGGAAAGUUUUGAAACCUUCGCCGGUGAACAAGCCACAGCAUCUGGAUAUGGAUUAACUGUAUCAGGCGGAAAUCUUUAUCAGAACCAAUCUCUGAACCACGUCACUCUCCGAGUUCUUUCCAAUGACGUGUGUAGUUCGUUCUUCCCUAUUCACGUGGUCGAUUCCACGAUUUGCACCAGCGGACUUGGAGGAACUAGUACCUGCCAGGGUGACUCUGGUGGUCCACUUGUAGUUCAGAGAGGAGACAGGCGUGUGUUGAUUGGUGCCACGUCAUUUGGUAUCGCUCUAGGCUGUGAUAUUGGCUUCCCCGCUGCCUAUGCUAGAGUAACCUCCUUCCUCAACUUCAUCAACGCAAACAUCAGAAAAAUGCAACUAUUAAUUGUAUUAUUAGCUUUGGUUUCAAUCGCCUUUGGUGCGGGUGUACCAACAUGGAAUACCGCGUACGGUUACUUGACAAGGUUCGGGAUCCCAGAAGCCGAGAGAAUUCUGAAAGCUGAAGAAUCCAUCAAUGAGCUGGAACAAGUAACCAGAAUAUCUGGAGGGGUACCAGCUGCACUUGGGCAAUAUCCUUAUCAGGCUGGCAUCAUAUCUGAGAUAAAAAACACCGAAAGCCGCGGUAUGUGUGGUGGCUCCUUGGUAUCAGAAACAAAAGUCCUUACAGCUGCACAUUGCUGGUAUGAUGGUAAAAACCAGGCCUCGAAAUUGACUGUGGUUCUAGGAUCAGUGUAUCUAUUUAAGGGAGGUAUCCGGCUGGAGACAACAGAUGUUCAAACUCAUCCACAUUGGUCACCGUUAUUGAUUCGUAAUGAUAUAGCUAUGGUAACACUGCCACAAAAAGUAGCUUUAUCAGAUGCUGUGGCUCCGAUCGCUCUGCCGAAUGAAGUACAGGCUGGUGAAACCUUUGUUGGAGCCUUCGCUGUGGCAUCGGGUUAUGGAAUCACUUCCAAUGAUGAAAAAGUCACUACAAACCAAAGUCUUAACCACGUACGUUUGCGUGUGAUCACAAGAGCUGUAUGCUCUAUGGCUUUCCCCUUCAUCAUCCAGGAGUCACAUCUGUGCACCAGCGGGGUUGGAGGCGUUAGCACUUGCGGUGGAGAUUCUGGUGGACCUCUGGUUGCCGGUGACGGUGACUCACGAAUCUUGAUCGGAAUAACAUCAUUCGGAUCAUCUUUGGGCUGCCAAUUUGGUCUUCCUGCAGCCUAUACAAGAGUAUCAUCGUUUUUAGAUUUUAUAAAAGGAAAACUUUAAAUGGCGAUACACCAAGAGCUUUUAUUUAUAAUGAUAAUUUUUAUCUAGAAAAAUGUAAAGAUUCAAAAUUAAAUUCUACAAAAAUAAUAAAAGAAAAUAAUAUACCUAUAUUAGUAAAUAUGUUUUUUUUAUUAUCCGCUAAGUAAUUUUAACUGAUUACGAUAGAUUUAGGUAGAUAUAUAAUAUAAAACCUAUGUAAAAUAAAACCGUAUAAAAUUAUUUAUUUUCGCAGACUAUGCGAGCCAUAUACGGAUACAACUCUGGUAAACAAUAACUUGUUUAGUUUACUAACUAAAAAUUACUUACAAUGCACCUAAUUGUUACUAACUCAUUAAACAAAAUUUGGUCUGAAAUAA